GUUUACCUUCAAGAAUUUUCGUUCUCCUGGCUUUGCCUUUGGACAAAACAAGGAAACUGAAGCUUCCCUUUCGCCAGAUUCUUGACAGCACAUGCAAGAACGUUCCAUUUGCCAAAUUUUGCUACCAGAUACCUGCAAAAAAUGAUCUUAUCUAAUGGAAACUCCAAAUACAAAACCUAAGACCUCGCGGAAGAGUCCUAAGAAAAAACAGAAGGCUUCCAACAUCGAUUUAUGUUCUCAAGAACUCAAGGACAAGGAAGAAGCAUUGAGGAAAGAACUGGCAGAUUUGAAUUCUCGAAUUGAGCAACUGAGUAAGGAAGGAAUAACCGUUGAUGUAUCUCAACAGAUGGAAGCUCUGCAUCACUAUAACGAUAUAAAAGAUACGACAUUGAUUGUGUUGAAUUAUUUGUCCAAUGCAACUAACGAAUCGAUCACAGAACUUCACAAGAAAUACGAUCUUCCAUUGAAUUGAAUGAAGAUUAACCUCACCACAACUUCCCUCGAAAUGACAGACUCAACCGAAGAAUCUAAAUCGGACAAUGCAAACGAUAAAGAAGAAGGCGUUUGCAGAGAUUUUGUGAAAGGAAGAUGCGAUCGUAGUUAUUGCAAAUAUAAGCAUGAAACUCUUCCACAAAAUUUUAAUUUCUGUCAUGACUUCCAGAACAGUUUUUGUCCAAGGCCAAAGUGCAGAUUUAUCCAUUGCUCUCCAGAUGAAGUGGAUGAGUAUAAACGAACAGGGGAAAUGUCUAUCCAGAUACUGGCUGAGGCAACAAGAAAAAAUCAGCUUCCUGGUGUACAACCAAUUUGUAAUCAGUUCAGAAAAGGAAUGUGCAGAAGGAGUAACUGUAAAUACAGGCACUUGACGAAAGAGGAGGAAGAUGCAGAAAUAAUGGAGUUAAUACAAAGUAAUAACCAAAGAAAUGUACAUAUGCAAAAUAAUUUCCAGAGUAUUCCAGUUGCUUCUGCUGGGAAUGGGCUGCAAACCAUAAACUCACUUGCUUUUGUAUCCAAUGAUUUUGCGAAUUAUGGACCAUCAUUACCCAAGCGUAGACUCAUCGCAGAAGAACAGUUGGAUACUUCUAGAAGUGAGCCUAUUUUUAAGGGCUACUGUGCUGGUACUCCCCCUGCUCCAAUUCUGAAUAGUGCGGACGCGAGGACUAUCAUGUUGGAGGAACAAAUUAGUCUUUUGCAUAAAGAAAUCAAUCAAUUAAAACGACAGGUUCAAGAUCUGACCGCAACCAAUGAGUUUUUACUAGAUCAAAAUGCUACACUACGAGUAUCGAACAAACACAACGUUACAGUUCCGAACAGAUCCUUAACAAAUCCCACUGCAGCGCCUCAGCAGGUUAUAAGAACUGUUACAGCCGGCGUUGCCAACGUUCCCGUUUCUAUUGCCACAGUGCCAGUGUCUCUAGCUACUGUACCUGUCUCAUUAACUACUGUUACAACUUGCAAUCCGGUGACAAUUUCUGCAGUGCCAUCUGUCAGUAUUGCACCGACAGCGCAGCUUUUAGCUCCUAGUCCACAAAUUUUGGUUACUCCAUCCACUCAAUUAGCGAUAGCGAACAAUUCACAGGCCCAGUUGACCAUAGCCGCAAGUAAUGCCCAACAAUUAGCGGUAGCCAAUGUACCUCAACAAAUAACUUUGACCAAUCAGGGGCCUCAGCAAUUAGCAUUAACAAAUCGAAAUCAACAGCAAAUGACUUUGACUAAUCCAAAUCAACAGCAAAUAACGUUAGGCAACCCAAAUCAACAGCAGAUAACGUUAGGCAACCCAAAUCAGCAGCAAUUGACGUUGGCCAAUCAAAACCAACAACAAUUGGCUUUGGCCAAUCAAAGUCAACAUCAGCAACAAAUGGCAUUAGCGAAUCAGAAUCAGCAACAAGUAACUUUAACAAGUCAAGGUCAACAAUUAGCAUUAAGCAGUCAAAACCAACAGCAGUUGGCUUUGGGUGGGCAGAAUCAACAAAUAUUGACUCAGCAAAAUCUUGCUGCCCCGCAGCAAAUAGAAAUACAUGGAACCAUUCAAACCUCCCAACCAAUAGCUAUGUCAAAUGCAGGACAAACAAUUGUUUCCUAUCCCAUUGUUACUCAUAGUAUAAAUCAUUCGAUUCAGUGAAUGGAUGUGUUAUAUAAUCAUCAAUUUAUAAAGUGAUAUAUUUGAAAGUGAAUUUAUAGAAAUGUGAUUGAAAGAAUUUCUUUAUGUGAUAAAUAGAUGUUAUAUUAAAGUAUUUUUUCAAAUAAAAGACAAUUGACAAAAAAAUCUAAUGAAAAUUAACUUAUUUCUGGUUGGUAACAUAUCGACUAGUUUUACUAUGUUCUUGAAUAAUACGCCUAUAGAUAUCACAGAAGACUUAUCCACCAGAAUUCCGUAGAAAUUCAGUUGGUAUAUUUGUACAUACAGUGAAAA